GAAUUGGUCAAGAUUAAUUACCAUAAUUUUUUUAUCGGCUACCCAUUUGUAGACAAUGGGGCCUAAUUAAAUUGGUUGCAUCAUAGAACAUUCAUAUAUACAUCUUAUACAAUCAAUAGCUACCAACCGCUACCAUGUCCUCCACAAGAAAACUUCUCCGAUCCAAUUUCCUCCUCAUAUUGUUCAUUGCAGCGAGUUGCAGCCCACCGGAUGACCCAGUCAAAUGCUCAACAAAAGACUCCGACUGCACCAUCACCAACUGUUAUGGCAUGUUCCCUGAUCGCAGCACCUGUCGAGCUGGGAACGUGGCCUACCCAGGCACCGAAGAGGAGAUCGUUUCCAUUGUAUCCGCUGCAACCAAGGCCGGUAAGAAGAUGAAGGUGGUGACUAGUUUUGCUCACAGCAUCCCCAAACUCGCCUGCCCUGACGGUGUCGAUGGGUUGCUUAUUAGCACCAAAUAUCUCAACCAUGUAGUAAAUGUAGAUGCUGCAGCAAUGACAAUGACAGUGGAGAGUGGAAUGGCCUUGAGUCAGCUGAUCGAGGAGGCGGCCAAGGCAGGACUUGCAUUGCCGUAUGCCCCCUACUGGUCUGGCGCCACCAUUGGGGGCAUCCUGAGCACGGGGUCUCAUGGCAGCUCCUUGUGGGGCAAGGGAAGUGCAGUUCAUGAUUACGUUAUAGGUAUGAGAAUUGUAAGUCCAGGAGGGCCUGAUGAAGGGUAUGCCAAGAUCCGGAUUCUGAAUGAGAGUCACGAGGAUCUGAAUGCAGCUAAAGUUUCUCUAGGAGUUCUUGGAGUUAUUUCCCAGCAUGAGUUUGCAGAUAUGUCAUGGUACCCUAGUCAACGCCAGGUUGUGUAUCGAGUUGACGAUCGUGUUUCUCCGGAUGUUUCUGGAGAAGGUCUGUACGACUUCACCGGAUUCCGCGACACACUUUCACUUGUAGCCGAAAGUAUUAGAACUACAGAGGAAACUCAAGAAUCCAAUGGUUUGGAUGAACUGAAGUGCGUUUCCGCAGGGGUAACCACCACGAUCCUUGGAGCAAUUGCAUACGGAUUAACAAACAAUGGUAUUAUUUUUACUGGUUAUCCAGUAAUUGGAUAUCAAAACCGCCUCCAAUCAUCUUCAAGCUGCGUCAAUAGUCCUGAGGAUGGACUAAUUACUGCAUGUCCUUGGGACCCAAGAAUAAAAGGUGAGUUUUUUCACCAAACUACCUUCAAAAUCAGUUUGUCCGUAGUUCAGAGCUUCAUUGAAGACGUACAAAGCCUGGUUGCCUUGGAGCCCAAGUCACUCUGUGGACUAGAACUCUACAAUGGAAUCCUCAUGCGCUAUGUUAAAGCUUCAAGUGCUUACUUGGGCAGUCAAGAGGAUGCAUUAGACUUUGAUAUCACCUAUUACCGGAGCAAAGAUCCACUGACUCCCAGGCUUUACGAAGAUAUUCUGGAAGAGAUAGAACAAAUGGCAGUGUUCAAGUAUGGAGGUCUUCCACACUGGGGGAAGAAUAGGAACAUUGCAUUCGAUGGUGUGUUCAAGAAAUACAGAAAUGUAACAGAGUUCUUGAAGUUUAGAGUAGGGAAAGGAAUGCUGGCUGCGAGAGGGAUUAAGUAGAAUAGUUAUGAAAUGAGUCCCUUUGUUUCAAUUUACUUGCAAAAUUUCUUUAAAAUGGUUGUUUUAAUUUAUUUGUUAAUUUUUAUUUUAAAAGCCACUAAAUUCUUAUUAUUUUA